ACUAUACCAUGGACUCGACAAUUAAAAACACUCUGUCCAGUUUGAUGGAGGUGUUUCAUAACAGGAUGGAUGUUUUUGAGGAAGAAUUGCGGAAAACGCCCAGCACAUCUACCAGUACUACCUCUCUGGCAGCUGAGUUUGCAUCUUUCAAGACGUUUGUAGUGCAGGCACUAAACAGUCUUCAGCAGCAGAUGGAGUUACUUGCUCGUAAUGCUGAUAGCAUGGAGAUGCGAAGCCGAAGGAAAAUGUUACUGCUUCAUGGUGUUCCAGAGAUUGCAAAAGAAAACACCGAUUUGGCUGUCAUCAAGGUUCUGCAAAAUCAGUUGAAAUUAGCUAACGUCUCUGUCAGUGAUAUUAAGCGUUGUCACAGAUUGGGUAGACCAACAGCUCCUCACAAGUCUCGACCCAUUUUAGUGAAAUUCUUAGAUGUAGGGUUGCGUGAUAAAGUCUGGUACGGAAAAUCCCAACUUAAAGGCUCCGGAGUCACAGUAUCCGAAUUUCUCACCAAGCUUCGGCAUGAUAUUUUUGUAGCUGCCCGUGAAAAAUUUGGUAUUUCCAAAUGCUGGACUAAAGAUGGAUCUGUGUACGUUGCAAAACCUGAUGGAACCAGACAUCGUAUAACCAGUCUGAAUGACAUCAGCAAAAUUGAGUGCCAGACAAGCCCAAAACCAGUAUCGAAAACUGCAGCUGGGAAGCCCAAGCGAAACGCCGCCGUGAAGAAGUGUUAAGUGUACAGGAUUUGCCAUACCUAAAUAUUGUCAUUUUUUUUUUUCUCUCUUAAUGUUAUAUAAUUACAAUUAAUAGCUUGUGUGACUUAUUUCUUUGAGUAUUUAGUGUAAGCUUAGUGCAAAACACUCUGAUAAAUUUGAGGAGGUUUGUGCCUUUAACUUUAACUUGUAACUUUAACUUUAGUGCAAUUUUUUUUUUUUUUACCAUUGAAUGUACAUAAAAUAAGCAUAAUAAUUAUGAACCCCUCUUUCCAUUUAUUAUACGUUUUGGUAUACUUAAAAAUUGACAAUGUGAAAUAUUGUAAAAUGCAUAGAUGUCAUUAGUUUUUGUUCUGAAUACUACAGUUAACGUUAACACAAAAAUCACAAUUUCGAGGUUAUGUUGCACUAUAACAAUAAUGCUAAAUAACGCACUGACCGUUGCGUUUCCCUUAACGGUGUUUAUUUUAUGCACCCUUAUUGUUUUUUUUUCUUUCACUUAAUCCUACUUUAAUAAGAAGUUCAUUAUUAAACUAAUUUUUUAUUUCCAUUUAUUGUUUAAGUGUUGUACAGAUAAUUUAUCGUAACACUCAACUGGCAGGUGGACACUAAAGAAUUUUUUAUUUAUUUGUUUUUAGUUUAAGAAAAUUUAUUAACUUUUUUUUUAUAGUAUUGUAUUUAUUAUACGUUAUAUUUUAUUUUAUUUUAUAUAGAUAUAAAUUUUUAUUUUGUAAUGUCUUAUUUAGACAUUAGCAGUGAUACUGAAACAUAUUUAACCACAGAUAGUGAUGGUGACAGUGUCCCUAGCUUACAGCCUCUCUCUGAAAUACUAGCUUCACAAUUUUCUGAUGUUCCCAAAAAUUUCAACGUUGUUCACAUAAAUGCCCAAAGCAUUCCGGCUCACUUUUCAGAUAUGCUGGCUACCUUUGACUCUAAGGAUAUUCAUGCUAUUCUCGUUUCUGAGUCAUGGCUUAAACCUUGUCUCCCUUCCACUAAUUAUUCUUUACCUGGCUUUCAUCUCAUAAGAAAUGAUCGUACUGUGGGCGGUGGUGGUGGUGUGGCAAUAUAUCUCCGAGCGUAUAUUCCCUUUUCUGUUGUUGAUAUGUCAUCUCAACCAUCUCCGCCUAAUGCAGGUGAACAUCUUUUUAUUGAGGUGGAGCUUAGUCAUACUAAAAUUCUUCUGGGUGUAUAUUACUGUCCUUCAUCUCGUAUCGACUUCUUCACUUCCUUCGAAAAUAUUUUAGAAAAUGUAUCUUCCUACUCGCACACGAUCAUUAUGGGCGACUUUAAUACUUGUCUGCUUAAACAAGACUCUCGUUCAUCCUCUCUUCGAUCCAUCGUAAAUUCCACUAAUCUCUCUAUUUUACCUUUAAAUUCUACUCAUCACUUCCCUAAUGCUACUCCGUCAUUGCUUGACCUUAUUUUUGUGUCCUCUUCUGACUUCGCUGUUAAGCACGGUCAGUGUCCAGCCGAUGCCUUCUCUUACCAUGAUCUUAUAUUUCUCUCUUAUAAUGUCCGGCCACCUAAACUUAAGUCUAAAUUCCUUUUGCAACGCAGUUUCCGUAGUAUGAAUGUUGAAAAUCUCUGCAAAGAUGCUUCCAACAUUGAUUGGUCAGCCGUUUUAAGUGCAGAUUCUAUCGACGAUAAAGUUGCAAUAUUUACGACUAAAUUAACCUGUCUUUAUGAUAAACAUGCACCAGUUCGCGUAAUUAAAAUGAGACAUCUUCCUUCACCAUGGCUGACUGAUGAAAUAAAAACCAUUUUAAAUAAAAAAGCUGCAGCCAAGACAAAAUAUAAAUGUAAGCCUACAUCUAUAAACUGGGGAAAAUAUGUUAGUAUUCGAAAUCACUGCAAUAGGGUGUGUAGGGAUGCUCAACGCCACUAUAUCCAUAAAUCGGUACAAAUUGGUGAUUCAGCUAAAGUCUGGAGUUUUCUUAGAUCAAUGGGGGUUGGAAAGUCCCGUAAUAUUGUACUUUCUAAAGACUUAAAUAUUGAUUUACUAAAUCAUCACUUCUCAUCCUCCUCCAACUUAAAUGGAGCUACAAAAUUGAACACAUUAAAUUUUCUUUCAUCGCUUCCAACUCCUGAUCAUUCAUCUUUUGUUCUAAAUCAAUUCUCUGCUUGUGAUGUUAAGAAGAGUAUUCUAUCCAUUACUUCAAAUGCAAUUGGCAGCGACUGUAUCAGCCGUAAUAUGAUCCUUCCGGUUCUUGACAUAAUCAUCCCAAUACUUUGCCAUAUCCUCAACUCCUCCAUUUCUUGUGGUGUUUUUCCAUCAACUUGGAAAGACGCUCACAUCAUACCGUUGCCUAAAAAGCCCAACCCUACAUCUUUUUCGGAAUAUCGUCCUAUAUCUAUAUUGCCAUUCCUAUCCAAAGUUCUCGAACGCCUAGUAUAUAAUCAGCUCAGUGCCUUCCUUCGCAAUAAUUCCCUUCUAAAUCCUCUACAAUCUGGUUUUCGUCCUGGGCAUAGUACUGUCACAGCCUUAGUCAAUAUUACGGAAGAUAUAAGAUCUGCCAUGGAAUAUGGCAAAUUAACUAUCCUUUCUCUGUUAGAUUUUAGCAAUGCCUUUAAUUCAAUUGAUUUUGAAAUUUUACUGGGUAUACUUGGUUCUCUUAACAUAUCUCCAACAGUGAUUGGUUGGUUUCAAAGUUACCUGUCUGGGCGCCGGCAAUGUAUUCGCAUUGAUGACACAUUUUCUUCUUGGUGUGAUACCAUUGCUGGUGUCCCGCAGGGUGGCGUAUUAUCUCCCUUACUUUUUUCAAUUUUUAUUAAUUCUAUAGCUACUAAGAUUACUUCUUCCUACCACCUAUACGCAGAUGAUCUUCAAAUAUAUACUCAUGUUUCUCCUAGUGAACUACAUGUAGCUAUUACUACUAUAAAUAGUGACCUUGAGCAAAUAUCAGAUUGGGCAAAAACAUAUGGCUUAAAGAUUAACCCUCUAAAGACUCAGGUAAUUGUAAUCGGAAGUUCGAAUAUGAUUGGGAAAUCAAACCUUUCUCAAGCACCUCAAGUUGUUUUUGAUGGAAAUUUUAUUCCUCUUAGUGAAAAAGUCAAAGACUUGGGAAUUUAUAUUGACAGUAACCUAUCAUGGGGUCCUCAAAUACAGGAAGUUAGUCGUAAACUCUUUGCAGCUGCUCGAUCAUUGAACAGAUUAAGGAACUUUCUGCCUACUGCCACUAAAAUUGCGCUUGCACAAUCUCUGCUUCUCCCGAUUCUGGACUAUGCAGAUGUCAGCUAUCUUGAUCUCACCGAAAAGCAACUUGAUAAACUUGAGCGUCUUCAAAAUUUUUGUAUAAGAUUCAUAUUUGGUUUGCGCAAGUAUGAUCAUGUUUCUUGUUUUCGUAAUAAGCUCAAGUGGCUUCCUAUUCGUCUUCGCCGGAAUGCUCAUAUUCUGUCACUUCUUUACAAUGUUCUAUUUAAUCCUUCCUAUCCUUCUUAUCUUAAGGAUCGCUUUGAAUUCCUUCACUAUUCCCAUUCGAAGGUUUUGAGAUCAUCAGAAAAUUUUACAUUAAAAAUGCCUGCCCAUAAUACCAAAUUUUUGGACAGGUCGUUUACUAUCCAAGCAGUCCGUCUAUGGAAUGCCCUACCUCUGUCAGUGAGACGCGCCCAAUCUUUAUCUGUUUUUCAGAAGCUUGUACACAACCACUAUCUUAACCUUUGAAUUCAGCCAUCUAUAUAUGUAUGCAUUCGUAUUUUAUGUCUUUAUUUGUUAUUUAUUUCUAUAUAUUAUAAUUAAAUCUUUAUAAAUAUUGUCUCUGCAUCACCAAACCACACAAUUUUCUGCUUUUUGUAAUCCUGUCCAUCCAAAGGUUGUCUGGAAGAAAUCGCUUUUAGCGAUAAGACCGCCCAUUGUGUCACUAUUUUUUUUUUCUUUUUCUUUCGUUUAUGUAUUGAUUUGGUGUACAAUAAAGAAUUAUCUAUCUAUC